GGAGAUGUUAUGAAGGCGCUGUUGGAGGAGGCGCUGUGUUGCUGUUCUUCUGUGGAGCUGGAAAACCACCGAGGAAAUCAGGAAAGCGGAGCCCCCUCGAGCACACGGCGAUCGCUUUAUUAACAUUGUGUGUUGGUGUGUGUGAGCUGUUUUGGAAAACCGUAUUGUCAUCGUGGUAUUUCGUUGCUAUUUGAUAAUAUCAUAGUAAUUGUGUUUUGCUUUUGCUGCAGUUCGUUUCAUCCGUCAUUAUGAUGUUGAGCAUGGAGGUGCAGGUGGACGUGAGCUGCUGUAAAUCAGUAGGAACUGAUCUGUCCAUGCUGGAUAUUGAGGAUUUCAUCAGUCAAAUCUGUCAGCUGAAGAAAGAGGUGGCGUCGCUGGAGGCCAAGCUGAGAGAAAGAGGAGAGAAACUCCAGCCAGAGCGUCAGGAUUCGCUGUGCGGCGUCAGAGCUCAGAGAUCCAGAAACACGCAGAACUCAGAGCUCAGCCUGACUUUACUCUGUUAUACUGACGCUCAGGAUCAUCAGAGCUCUGAGCCAGACGCUGGAGAACAGCAGACCACACUGAAGAUGUGCUCCAUAGGAGAGGAGGAGGACCGCAGAACCAUAAUGCAGAGCACAGAAAACACCACAGAAGAAGAAUAUCAGAGAGAGCAGGAGGAUGAUGAUGAUGGAGUGCACCAGACGCCAAUGAUGUGUUAUGAUGAACUGGACCAAUACCUUAACCUGAUCCAAAUCAAAGAAGAAAACUGUUCAGAUGAAAAACCUGAUGAUGAUGAUGAUGAAGAUCAUAACAAGGAUGUGGAUGAUGAUGAUGAUGAUGAUGACUUUGUUCCUCCAGGUUUUGCUGCUGAUCCUCAUUGUGAUGGAGAAAUGCCCUCUACAUCUAAACAGCAGCCCACAGGGAAGAGUUCCUCUGGAAAACCUCAAAAGCCAAAGAAUUAUCACUGUGAGCAAUGCGGGAAGAGUUUUAGAUCACCGUCUAAACUGAUGAUUCACAUUAGGGCGCACACUGGCGAGAGACCGUUCCAGUGCAACCAGUGCGACAAGUGUUUCGGUACAAAGUAUAAUCUGUUGCGCCAUGUGAAAAAACACACCGAGAAAACUGACGACGUAGAGAGACCGUAUCAGUGUUCACACUGUCAGAAAUGCUUUGUCGAAUCAUAUCUCUGUAAAGCUCAUGAGAAAACCCACACUGGAGCGAGGCCGUAUCAGUGUUCGCACUGUCAGAAAAGUUUCUGUUCCAAGUCCAACUUGAAAAACCACGAGAGAAUUCACACCGGAGAGAAACCGUAUCAGUGUUCGCACUGUCAGAAAAGUUUCGGUACUACUUCAAACUUGAAUCAACACGAGAAAAUUCACACCGGAGAGAAACCGCAUCAGUGUUCGCAGUGUACGAGAGGUUUCAGUACUAAGAUGCAAUUGAAAACCCACGAGAGAAUCCACACCGGGGAGAAACCGUAUCAGUGUUCACACUGUCAGAAAGGCUUCUUCACUUUGAAUGCCUUGAAAGCCCAUGAAGGUAUUCACACUGGAGACAGUGUGUUUCAGUGUUCGUACUGUCCGAAAAUUCUCUAUAGUAAGUCUGUCUUGAAAGAACACGAGUGGAUGCACACAGGAGAGCGUCCGUAUCCAUGUUCUCACUGCGACAAGCGCUUCCGAAGUAAGUCACACCGGAGAACCCACGAGAGAAUUCACACCGGAGAGAAACCGUACUUGUGUCCCGACUGCGGCAAGAGCUUCAUGAGAAGCCUUUCUUUCAGAAUUCAUCUGCGAGGCCACACAGGGGAAAAACCGUACACAUGCUCGCACUGUGACCAGUGUUUCACACGACCAGACACUCUACGCAAUCAUGAGCGAAUUCACACAGGGGAAAAACCGUACCACUGCUCCGUCUGCAGCGAGAGAUUCAGUUUUCCAUGGCUUUUGAAUACACACAAGAAGAAACACGCCGUCUCAGAAUCCUCAUAGUUUAAUUUGGUAAUUACGUUAAUAGUGUGUAUAUGAAAACACAGAGUCUCAUUUAAUUCUUAAAAAUAAAAGCUAAAACAAGAAUGUCUGUACAGCUUUAAUUACUGGUUAGACAUGUAUUUAGUUUUUGUGAUUGCUGUAAAUUCACUGUAAUGUUCAGAUCGGUGUGUGUCUUUUGAGUAAGACGUCAUAUUUAAAACUCUUGAUGUUUUAAAGGACACUCUUCCCCCUUCUGUAAAUAAACUCACAUAUUUAAUAUCAUUUGACGUUAUCCGGCUAAUUAUGGCUAAAACAAAUACUAAAAGAACUGAAAAUGCUUGGUGCCCUUUUAAACAGUUGAUGGAUGAAGUAUAGGCUAAUGUAUCACCACUUACUGCACUUAAAAGUCAUGGAAAUAAACUUGAAUAGUAGGAUGGA